AUGCACACCACCACCCUCCUCACCAUCUUCCUCACAACCCUCACAACCCUCACAACCGCCCACCUCCUCCCACCCCAACCCCCACACCCCUACAUUCUUCCUCGCACCGCACCUACCUCAUCAACCCAAGACCAAUGCACCUUCACCCUCUACCACAAACAAAUCUCCAUCAACCCCCGCAAAAACUACAUCUACCUCCCCACCCUCAUCGACCAUGCGAACAACCUCGCCAUCGAUAUCGCAGCUGCGAAACCAGUGCAGGAACGUAAUUCGUACACGAGGCUGUCGGCGACGCGGAAGUAUGCUGUUGAGGGGUUGUUGGGGGGCGAGGCAUUGACGAUAAGUGCGUUGGAUGAUGGUGAUGAGCUGGUUUUUGAGAAGGGGGUGUUGAGGUGGGAGGCUCGGGGGAAGGAGGAAGAGAAGAUUGAGGGAGAGGCGGGAUGUCGGGUAGGAGAGUGGGUGGAGAGUGGGUCAGUUAAUAGGGAACGAAAGCUUGAGUGUGCGUUUCCUUGCGGGAAGAUUGAAGAGGAGAGGGAGAGGGAGAGGGAGGAGUUGAAGUAG